AUGGCUUUAAGCUUAUUUUCAAAGUCUUCACUCGCCGUCAUGGCCAUGAACGGUUCUAUGAACCCCAUGCGUUCAGUUGUUGCAGCCACAUUUCACACCAGCACAUUUACUUCUCAAGCAACCCCUGCAACUGCUCAAUGGACCACAGAUUCAGUUCGUACUGGUGUCAUUGCCAAGAAGAAGGGAAUGACCUCUGUUUGGAGUGAAUCUGGUAUCCGUAUGCCUGUUACUGUCUUGCAGUUGGAAGAUGUUGUAGUAACCGACGUUCGCACUGAAGAGAAGCAUGGCUACACUGCCUUACAAGUUGGAUGUUCACCAAAAAAAGAGAAGAAUGUCCCAAAACCCAUGAUUGAGCACUUUAAAUCUUUGGGUGUUGGUCUUCGUGAAAAGUUGUAUGAAUUUAGAGUGACCAAAGAUGCUGUUUUGCCCAUUGGAACAGAAUUGACAGCUGAACAUUUCGUAACUGGACAAUAUGUCGAUGUUACAGCUCCCUCCAUUGGUAAAGGUUUUGCUGGUGUUAUGAAGCGUUGGAAUUUCAAGGGUCUUCCCGCAUCUCAUGGUGUUUCUUUGACACAUCGUUCUGGUGGUUCAACGGGUCAACGUAAGUGGCCUAGUAAAGUUUUCAAGGGCAAGAAAAUGGCUGGUCGUCUUGGUGGUGAAAGUGUUACAGUACAAAGUUUGAAGGUGAUCAAGGUUGACCCAGAGUUGAAUUUACUGUAUGUGAAGGGCUCUGUUCCUGGAUUCGAUGAUCAAUUUGUCAAGAUCAAGGAUGCUGUUAAGUUACGCGGUGAAAAGCUCUUCCCCAAGGAGUCCAUGCCACCACCAUUCCCCACUGCUAGUAAAUAA